AUGCGGGCCUGCGCGGGCGCGGUGCGCCUCUCUGGGCCUGCGUGGGCGCGGUGCCUUUGCGAGGACGGAGCUGCGUUCGCUGCAGCACAAACCCAGAGGGCAUCGCGAGGGCGGAGCUACAUUCUCCUCUGCACAGACUCCGGGGUACUGCGAAGGCGAAGCAGCGUUCUUCUCAGCACAGACCUGGGCGUGCGGGCCAGGGGCACCGCAAGGGCGGAGCUGCGUUCUGCUCAGCACAGACCUGGGGGACACCGCAAAGGCGGAGCACCAUUCUCCUCAGAACAGACGUUGGGGGCGCUGCCUCGCUUUGGGACAACUCGGGGCAGCAUCGACGGCAAAAGGUGUCCAAACCAUGCAGACCCACAGAAUCGAACCGAUGUCUCUAGAUUCCUCCUCCUAGAACUCUCAAGGGAUCCAGAAAUGCAGCCGACCCUCGCCGGGCUGUUCCUGUCCAUGUGCCCGGUCACCGUCCUGGGGAACCUGCUCAUCAUUCUGGCCAUCAGGCUGACUCCCAACUCCACACCCCCAUGUACUUCUUCCUCUCCAACCUGUCCUCGCCUGACAUCGGUUUCACCUCCACCACGGUCCCCAAGAGGAUUGUGGACAUCCAAUCUCACAGCAGAGUCAUCUCCUAGGCAGGCCGCCUGACUCAGAUGUCUCUGUUUGCCAUUUUUCGAAGCAUGGAAGCGAGACACGCUCCUGAGUGUGAUGGCCUAUGACCGGUUUAUAGCCAUCUGUUGCCCUCUAUAUCAUUCGGCCAUCAUGAACCCGUGUUUCUGUGGCUUCCUAGUUUGGUUGUCUUUUUUUUUUUUUCUUCUUCUCAGUCUUUUAGACUCCCAGCUGCACAACUUGAUUGCCUUGCUAACGACCUGCUUCAAGGGUGCGGAAAUUCCUAAUUUCUUCUGUGACACUUCUCAACUGCCCCAUCUUGCAUGUUGUGACACCUUCACCAAUAACAUAAUCAUGUAUUUUCCUGCUGCCGUAUUUGGGUUCCUUCCCAUCUCGGGGACGCUUUCCUCUUACUAUAAAAUGGUUUCCUCCAUUC